AGAUAUAUAUCAUAUAUAUACCAGAAGCCUAAAAAAAUGGAAGCCUGAUAUUCUUGUUUUCUUCCUUGUUUAACGUUCCACUACCAUUCCCACAAACGUUGGUUUUAUCAUUAGGUAGAAAACCAACGUUUUACGGGUGGUGGUGGGUGGUUUGUGGUGGUGGUGGUGGUGGCCGGUUCGCGUAUUUGGAGGUAAUAACUAAUGGCCAGAGACGAUGUUAUGACAGAUGAAAAGAAUUCAACACGAAAAAUAAUGGUGGUGGCAGAUCCAACUCGUGAGUCAGCUUCCGCCCUUCAGUACGCGCUCUCCCAUGCGGUCGCGGAAAAUGACACGUUGAUUCUUCUGCAUGUUGGUAACCCUAAUGCAUGGAGGAAUCGCCUUGGUGCCUUGAUCAAGAAGCCAUUGCCAAAUCCAGCUACGUCCAUGUCCACGUCCACCUCCCCAUCAGAUGGAGCAAGUGUAAACGGUGGUUCGUUCGGUGCUUUCUUCAAAAAGUCAACGCCGUCACCACCACCACCAUCAUCUGCAUCCUCUAACACGGCCGUGGAAAGCGGUGGUGGUGGUGUUAAGGGGUGCUUAGGAAAGGGAUACAUGGAUUUUCUUGGGACAAUGAAACAUGCAUGUGAGGCUGCACAACCCAAGAUAAAAAUUUGUACAGAAACAGUGGAAAUGGAUGGCAAUGCAAAGGAAAAGGCUUCUAUCAUUCUUGCUAAAUCUGCAUCUCUUGCUAUUGAUGUUCUUGUUAUAGGUCAGAGAAGGAGUCUUUCUAACGUAAUACUUCGGCCUGGAAGAAGUGCAUCACUAAGAGGACUGGGACGGGAUAUGGCAGAACAUUUGAUUGACAACAGCAAAUGCACUUGUGUUGCAGUUCAGAAGAAGGGCCAAACUGCAGGAUAUCUUCUCAACACCAAAACUCAUAGAAAUUUCUGGCUCUUAGCAUAAUCCUAAACUUUUACAUGUAUAAAAAUAGUUUCUUCAUCUCCUCUAAAUGGCUUGCACUCUAUAUACUUCUCUAUUUUAUUUGGUUUUCUACAAAAAGAGGUGCUGUUUGUCAAUUUUGUGCAUAAAAUAGGAAUAUAUGUCAUUCCAUUCUGCUACAUUCAUUUGAAAGGCUUAUGUUAUGCCAAAGUGCAAGAACACAAACAAUAUUUUACACACAUUCUGGUUUAUCUGUGUCUAUAAUACAACAACAUACCCAGUGUAAUCCUA